AGGAAACAAUAGCCAAGGCAGCAGCCACGGCAGAAGCAGAGGGGAGCGUCUGUGGCUGGCUGCUUGUCUGCCUCUGCAGUGGGAGCCAAGAUGGUAACAAAGCACUUUUCCAAAUACUUCCCCAAAGGUUCCUUCUUCCGACUGAGCCAGAAGUACCAUCCCUUGAGCAGCAGGGACCUCGAAGGAGAGCUUGAAGAAGAAUCAGAACUGAAAGCAGUUGAGCAAGAGAAAGAAAUAACAGCCCUUCCUCCCAAAGAAGCUUGUAAAUGCCACAGAGACGACCUGGCAAAAAUAUUCCAGGUUGAUUUAGAAACGGGUCUAUCUGAAUUCUCGGUGCUGCAACGCAGGGUCAAGCAUGGCUGGAAUGAAUUUGCAGUAGACAACACAGAGCCAGUCUGGAAGAAAUAUCUAGACCAGUUCAAGAACCCUCUCAUCCUUCUCCUGCUGGCCUCUUCUUUAGUCAGUGUUGUUACGAAAGAAUAUGAAGACGCCGUCAGUAUCGCCAUGGCAGUGAUCAUUGUCGUAACUGUGGCUUUCAUUCAGGAACACCGUUCUGAAAAAUCCUUGCAAGAACUUAACAAGUUAGUCCCUCCGGAGUGCAACUGUGUGAGGGAAGGAAAACUGCAACAUCUUUUUGCUCGAGAACUUGUUCCUGGGGACGUUGUGUACCUUUCCAUGGGAGACCGAGUUCCAGCAGACAUACGACUCACAGAGGUUACAGACCUCUUAGUGGAUGAGUCCAGUUUCACGGGGGAGGCCGAGCCUUGCAGUAAGAACAACUGCAUCAUAUCAGAAGCCGGAGACCUGACGACGCUCGGUAAUGUUGCUUUCAUGGGAACUCUCAUCAGAUAUGGCAAGGCAAAGGGCGUCGUCAUUGGGACAGGUGAAAACUCCCAGUUUGGAGAAGUGUUCAAAAUGAUGCAAGAGGAAGAGACACCGAAGACUCCUCUGCAGAAAAACAUGGAUAAACUGGGAAAGCAGCUCACACUGGUUUCCUUUGGCAUCAUUGGUUUACUCAUGCUGAUCGGUUGGCUGCAAGGGAAACGUCUCCUAGCCAUGUUCACAAUUGGAGUCAGCUUGGCGGUGGCUGCCAUCCCAGAGGGACUCCCCAUUGUGGUCACAGUGACGCUAGUAUUGGGUGUCUUGCGGAUGGCCAAGAAACGCGUCAUCGUGAAGAAGUUGCCGAUUGUCGAGACUCUCGGUUGCUGUACUGUCAUCUGCUCUGAUAAGACGGGGACUCUGACGGCCAACGAGAUGACAGUAACUCAGCUUGUGACCUCGGACGGAUUCAAGGCUGAGGUUACUGGUGUUGGAUACAACGGAGAGGGAAGCGUAUACCUUCUGCCAUCCAAAGAAGUCAUCAAAGAAUUUUCAAAUAUCUCUGUGGGAAAACUAGUGGAGGCUGGCUGUGUUGCCAAUAAUGCCAUUAUUAGAAAGACGACUGUGAUGGGUCAGCCAACCGAAGGUGCCCUGGUAGCUCUUGCCAUGAAGAUGGAGCUAAGCAAUGUAAAAGAUAUUUACGUGAAAAAGAAGGAGAUUCCGUUUAGCUCAGAGCAGAAGUGGAUGGCUGUCAAAUGUGCCCUGAAAAAUCAGGAGGAGGCGGAAGAAGUUUACUUUAUGAAGGGGGCCUUCGAAGAAGUCAUGCAGCAUUGCACCCUAUUCAACAGUGGCGGCAUCUCGCUGCCUCUGACACCACAACAGAAAGCUGUCUAUGUUCAAGAGGAGAAGCGCAUGGGGUCCCUUGGCCUCCGAGUGCUUGCAUUGGCUUCAGGUCCAGAGCUCGGGCGACUAACGUUUUUAGGGCUAGUAGGAAUCAUUGAUCCCCCAAGGAACGGAGUGAAGGAAGCUGUUCAAAUCCUGAUCGAGUCCGGUGUCUCAGUGAAAAUGAUAACGGGAGAUGCUUUGGAAACAGCUUGGGCUAUUGCCCAGAAGAUUGGCCUUUGCAACGGAAAGAUGAAAGCCAUGUCUGGGGAGGAACUGGAGACCAUCACAGAGUCGGCAUUAUCAUCCACGCUCAAAAAUGUUUCCAUCUUCUUCCGAACGAGCCCAAAACACAAACUUAAAAUCAUAAAGGCUUUGCAAAAGACCGGUGCCAUCGUGGGAAUGACAGGAGAUGGGGUGAAUGACGCUGUGGCUCUAAAAUCCGCGGAUAUCGGAGUUGCUAUGGGAAGAGCGGGGACAGACGUCAGCAAGGAAGCUGCCAACAUGAUCCUUGUAGAUGACGACUUCUCCACAAUCAUGAAUGCCAUCGAGGAAGGAAAAGGAAUAUUUUACAACAUUAAAAAUUUUGUCCGUUUUCAGCUCAGCACGAGCAUCUCGGCACUGAGUUUAAUUACUCUCUCAACAGUCUUCAAUUUGCCAAACCCUCUCAAUGCUAUGCAGAUUUUAUGGAUCAAUAUUAUAAUGGACGGACCUCCGGCUCAGAGUUUGGGUGUCGAACCAGUUGACAAAGAUGCUAUCAAACAACCUCCCAGGAGCGUCACAGAUACAAUUCUCAGCCGCUCCCUGCUUCUGAAGAUUUUGCUGUCGGCUGCCGUGAUCAUCAGCGGAACCCUUUUUGUGUUUUGGAAAGAGAUCCCCGACAACGGCAUAACACCAAGAACCACGACCAUGACUUUCACAUGCUUUGUGUUUUUUGACCUCUUCAACGCCCUCACGUGUCGUUCACAGACAAAACUGAUCAUGGAGAUUGGCAUUCUCCGCAACCGCAUGUUCUUGUAUUCUGUGCUGGGAUCUAUUUUGGGACAGAUGGCUGUUAUUUACAUUCCUCCAUUGCAGAAGAUCUUUCAGACGGAGAAUUUAGGAGCACUGGACCUGUUGUUCCUAACUGGCUUGGCCUCCUCUGUUUUUAUCCUAUCGGAACUUGUCAAAGUGUGUGAGAAGUAUUGCUGCCGAGCAAAGACAGACAGAGACCAACAUGUAGUGGUGUGACCCAAACACCCCAUUGCCCUUUUUGCUUUGCGUGGGAUGCCAUUUGAAUGAAACUGGGCGGUUCCAGGAUUCAUACAGGACCCAUCCAACCGACUAUUCCUUUUUCACGUCUUUUGAAAGAUUUUAAGCAACUGCAGAUCAGCGAUGCCUUUGUCGCCCCUCUGAGCCAUUAAAGCUGACCACGAGGGGCUUUCCUGAGCCUCAGUCUCCAGGAAAGCAAAACAACAGGGAAAACGGGAGGGAGAAACCACGGCAUCAUCUCCAUCCAUUUAUUUAUUGAAGUUUCAGUGAACCUUUUUAUUAAUAAAACGGGUCUUUUUAAAGACAGCAUAUGAAAGAAAAGAUGCAAAACAUGCCUACAUUUCAUCGAAAUGCUGUUAGGUUAUUGUUGGCAAACGCAGUGCCGUUAGGUUGUUGUUGGCAAAGCACAAGCGGGCAAGUUUCCAGUCUUCUUUCGGGACAGAAGGAAGGAAGGUUCCACACAAGGCCCCCUGGAACAUGAACUUCACCAUGUUCCCAGUCUGGCAUAUCCAGCAGUAAGCUAGAAGUAAGAGACAAACCUGUCCUACUCGCCUGCCAAUGUAGGGAGCAGACACCUCAUACCCAUUAUGCUUUCUACAGCAAUGCCAAUUGCAAAAAAAAAUUGAGAAAAUCCGGGUCACGGAGCUGGUUCCGCCAACCCCCAAGGUUCCACGAGAGGCCUCGGAUGUUAUCUUAUUUAAAUUGUCCUCAGGAUCUAAAAAUACACCACCAUUUUUAGAAGACGGUCGAGUUACAGCCACUGCAGGCUUGCUGAGUGGACACGGUCCAUGGGCCUUCAGGGUAAGAUUGGAGUUUGGGGGCCUGGCUGUCUGAUUCAUGUGGGACUUAUGAAGCAAUGCCAGUUGUAAUGCCACGACGCCCCUACUUCUAAAUCUCCAUGUUAUCAGUGCGGCAGAAUUUCUGACAAGCAGGAAGUAGAAGGAAUUGUCCUCGGGACCCCGUGCUGCAAUGCACAAAGGGCUGAUGUGAAAUGCCUGGCAGGUACAUCGCUGAGAUUAUGGAAAAGAUACAACAGACGAGGGGGAGGAAGGCAUCCGCUACAUCCAACACAUGGUCAGCUGGUUUCCUCUCGCUCAUCUGAUUCCAAAACACAGCAUAAGAUUUGGCACUUGCCACUUUGGGGGGGGGGGAUGAAUAUAUUCAAAAUCGACAUUUUUCUUCUAGAAGAGAUCCCAGAAAAGUUAAAAAGAAUUGCAGGCACUGCGUGGCUGGUACACACUGGCUGUAUAACAAGGCAGACAGAGGCUACACAGUACUGGAACGAGAAACAGACACGGUGAAUGGAACAA